UGGGCAUUUUUGGUGGGCCCUGAGCUCCCCCCUCCCCCGCAGCCCACGGACCCCCCCGAACCCCCCAGCCCCGGGGCUGCCGCGGGGGCCCCCAACGGCCCUCAGCCAAUCCCAAAGCGCCCACGCCGCCCGCGCCCAAUCCCAGCGCGCCGCGCUGAUGACUCAUCAGUCGCCGGGAAGACGCCUCGAAAAAAGGGCCCCAACUGCGCCCUCAGCCAAGCCCAGCGCGCCCCAAACCCCCCAAAACGGCGCCGCCCGGCUGGUUUGGGGCUGUCAGCAGCUGUCCGGCGCUGGGCAUGGAGCGUGUGCGGGGAGCUGGGGCCGUGCUGGCGGUGCUGGUGGUGCUGGGAGCCCCCCCGGCUGCGGGCGAGGAGCUGUCGGGGGUGUUCCAGAGGAUGGUAAAGUCCGAGUGUCACUUCAUCAACGGCACCGAGCGGGUGAAGUACAUGGAGAGGCACAUCCACAACCGGGAGCAGUUCGUGCAUUCCGACAGCGAUUUGGGGAUCCAUGUGGGGGACACCCUGUAUGGGGAGAUCCAGGCCAGGUACUGGAACAGCCAACAGGUAUAUCUCGAGUACAAAUGGGCUCAAGUGGACAACUACUGCCGGCACAACUACAAGGUGUUCACCCCGUCCAGCGUGGAGAUAAGAGCCCGGACCUGCUCGGACUUCAUGGGACAGGUUUGA